CUGUAGCUCUACCGGAAGCCGGAAACAGCAACCCGCGCUAGAAAAACUUCGCGGGAGUUUAUGACAGAAUAACAACAGAAGACUACACUCAGAAGUAAACAAAUCUUACUUCACGUUUAAAACUGAAAUGAGUCUUUGGGUGGACAAAUACCGCCCGGCCUCCCUGGGGAAACUCGACUACCAUAAAGAACAAGCAGUGCAGCUGAAGAACCUGGUGCAAUGUGGAGAUUUCCCCCAUCUCCUGGUGUACGGACCGUCGGGCGCAGGAAAGAAGACCCGCAUCAUGUGUCUCCUGAAGGAGCUGUACGGAGCCGGGGUGGAUAAGCUGCGUAUCGAGCACCAGACCAUCGUUGCGCCCUCGAAGAAGAAAAUAGAAAUCAACACGAUAGCCAGUAACUACCACUUGGAGGUCAACCCGAGUGAUGCCGGUAACCAGGACCGUGUGGUGAUCCAGGAGCUGAUCAAGACGGUGGCCCAGUCCCAGCAGAUCCAGUCCAGCACACAGAGGGAGUUCAAAGUGGUGCUGCUGACCGAGGUGGACCGCCUCACCAAGGACGCCCAGCAUGCAUUGCGUCGCACCAUGGAGAAGUACAUGGGCACCUGCCGCCUCAUCCUGUGCUGUAACUCCACCUCCAAGGUGAUCGGGCCAAUCAGGAGCCGAUGCCUGGGCGUGCGAGUGCCGCUGCCCAGCACCGAGGAGGUGUGCAGCGUCCUGUCGACCGUGUGUAAGAAGGAGGGCCUGUCCCUGCCCUCGGAGCUCGCCCGGCAGAUCAGCGAGCGCUCGGGACGCAACCUCCGCAAGGCGCUGCUGAUGUGCGAGGCCUGCAGAGUGCAACAGUAUCCCUUCUCGGUGGACCAGGCGGUGCCAGAGACGGACUGGGAGGUGUAUCUGAGAGAGACGGCCAAUGCCAUCGUCAGCCAGCAGAGCCCGGCCAGGUUAAUGGAAGUACGAGCCAGACUCUAUGAGCUCCUGACUCACUGCAUCCCUCCUGAGAUCAUUAUGAAGGGUCUGGUGGCCGAGCUGCUGAGCAACUGCGACGGGCAGCUGAAGACGGAGGUGACCCACAUCGCGGCCUACUACGAGCACCGGCUGCAGCUGGGCAACAAGGCCAUCUACCACCUGGAGGCCUUCACCGCCAAGUUCAUGGCCAUCUACAAGAAGUUCAUGGAGGACGGCCUGGACGGACUCAUGUUCUAGAGGGACGGGGGGGGGGAGGAGGAGGGGAGGACCAGGGAGAACUUGAAGGGGGAGCCUUUGACAAACUGAGGAGGUGGAUGAUGAUGAUGAGGAGGAGGGAUGACGUCUCUGUGCAGCACUUGGAGGGCGGAUAAGUCGCGGUCUUGGUAUCGUGGCUGAUAAUAUUUCACUGAAAUAAAUGUUACGUUAUUUGUA